AUGUGCCUGCCAUUGCACCUGAGGCAGUUUUGGUUGCAUCUCCGUCGUUCGCACGAUCUAAACCGCGAUUGUGAUGAACAAAUAGGUGAUAAUCGACCUUUCGGUCAGCUUGCUAUUGCGCUGGUCGGCACUCCUGUUAUGAUCCCAGUUUUUGGGGUGGGUGGAGAACCAAAUGGUGUCGAAGAUGUAUUGUGGGAUGAUGAUAAUGAUGUGGAGCCCACCACUAUUGAUGAGGAUAGCGAUAAUGAUCUUGGGAGGAGUAUUCCAAUUGGGGGUGGUGGAACAUCUAUUUCGGAAACUCAAGUGCUGGAAUCUGAUCAUUGCAAGAACUAUAGAAAGUGUAAGGAUUUCGACAACGGUUGCACAUGGUUGAUUCGGAUCACUCUUCACCAGUGGAAGGGUAUUUGGGAGGUAAGAAGGUAUAAUGGAUCUCAUACAUGUCUGGCCACGUCGAUAUCUAGUGAUCGCAGGAUGCUUGAUUAUCAUGCUAUAUUUGCUUUCAUACUGCUUAUGAUAAGAGCUGAUGCGGCUAUGUUGAUCAAGAUAACAAUGCCAGGUAGUGUUGUAGUGUUGAAGACGAGCCCUGUGCGACUUGGUGUGCAAGUCGAUGAGUCAUCGAUUGGUGUGCAAGUCGAUGAGUCAUCGAUUGGUGUGCAAGUCGAUGAGUCAUCGACUUAUUUCCAUUGGCUAUUUUGGACAUUCCCACCGUGUAUCGAGGCCUUUAGGUAUUGUAAAUCGUUGGUUAGUAUUGGUAGGACACACUUGUAUGGUAAAUACGGGGAUACACUGAUGAUUGCGGUUGCUCAGGAUAGGAAUUCUAACAUCAUUUCCAUUGCUUUCGUACUUGUAGAGGGUAUUCUAGUCAUAUCGGAUAGGCACAAUGGAAUCAAGGCUGCAUUAGGUAUCCGCCUAGUGCCUACCAAGCAUUUCGUAUUUGACACGUGGCAGCAAGUUUUGCCCUGA